AUGAUGUCUUACCUCAAACAGCCCCCCUAUGGCAUGAAUGGGCUGGGGCUGACCGGACCGGCUAUGGACUUACUGCACCCCUCCGUGGGCUAUCCGGCCACCCCUCGGAAGCAGCGGCGGGAGCGCACCACCUUCACCCGCUCGCAACUCGAUGUGCUGGAGGCGCUCUUCGCCAAGACCCGCUACCCGGACAUCUUCAUGCGAGAGGAGGUGGCGCUGAAGAUCAACCUGCCCGAGUCCAGAGUCCAGGUCUGGUUCAAGAACCGUCGGGCCAAGUGCCGGCAGCAGCAGCAGAGCGGCGGCGGGGCCAAGAGCCGGCCGGCCAAGAAGAAGCCGUCCCCGGCGCGGGAGAGCUCGGGCUCGGAGAGCAGCGGCCAGUUCACGCCCCCCGCCGUCUCCAGCUCCGGCUCGUCGUCCUCCUCCAGCUCCAGCUCCUCCGGCAGCGCGGCGGCGGCGCUGGGCAACCCCGCGGCGGCGACCGCCUCCAUCAGCGCCCCGGCCUCGUCCAUCUGGAGCCCGGCCUCCAUCUCCCCGGGCGCCGCGCCCUCGGCCGUGUCGGUGCCGGAGCCGCUGCCGCCCGGCGGCGCGUCCUGCAUGCAGCGCUCGGUGGCCGGCGCCUCCUCCGCCUCCUACCCCAUGUCCUACGGCCAAGGUGGCGGCUACGGCCAGGGCUACCCGGCGGCCCCCUCCUCCUCCUACUUCGGCGGCGUGGAGUGCAGCUCCUACCUGGCGCCCAUGCACUCCCACCACCACCCGCACCAGCUCAGCCCCAUGGCGCCCUCCUCCAUGGCCGGCCACCACCACCACCCGCUGGGCCAGGGCUCCGGCCACCACCACCACCACCAUCACCACCACCAGGGCUACGGCAGCACGGGGCUGGCCUUCAACUCCCCCGACUGCCUGGACUACAAGGAGCCCGGCGCCGCCUCCUCCUGGAAACUCAACUUCAACUCCCCCGACUGCCUGGACUACAAGGACCAGGCCUCCUGGAGGUUCCAGGUCUUGUAG